GCAGCGCGCUAGUGUUCCCUUCUAGCCUAGCGAAUGUGUCGUCCCGUUCGUCGUCACGGACGUAUUUCCCGUAGAAUAUGAACGUGAUCGCGAAAUCGACAACCCUCGCGCCGUUCCUUCGGGCGACGGCGACCGCCGUCUCGAACGGAGGGAUACCGGUGGCCGCGACCGGUAAGGUUCACAAGCCGAAGAUUGCCGUUCCUCCUUCCGUCAGACGGACACUCCAGCAGACCACCUAUCAGGUUCUUCUUACCGGACCUACGUGCGUAAGCUCGGGAGUCGCAGCCAGUACGCAGGUGCAUCAGCGACGUUUGGCACACACCGACAUUCAGUGGCCAGACUUCUCCCAUUAUCGCAAAGAUGAAGUGCAAGAUCCAAACGCAAAGUCACGGGACAGUGCGUCGUCCCGAAAGGGUGUCUCCUAUCUUGUCGCAGCUGGUGGUUCCGUGGCAGGUGUCUAUGGCGCGAAAGUCAUAGUGCUCAACCUCGUUGGGAUGCUGAGCGCAUCAGCCGACGUACUCGCCAUGUCGAAAAUCGAGAUAAAGCUCGACAGUAUCCCCGAGGGCAAGAGCGCUGUCUUCAAGUGGCGCGGAAAGCCCCUGUUUGUGCGACACAGAGGGGAAGCAGAAAUCGCGACGGAAGGCAAGGUGGACGUUGCGAGUCUCCGCGAUCCGGAAGAGGACAGCGCUCGCGUGAAGGAUCCCAAGUGGCUGGUCGUUCUAGGCGUUUGCACGCACCUGGGAUGCGUGCCCAUCGCUAACGCGGGAGAUUGGGGCGGUUAUUAUUGCCCGUGCCACGGGUCCCACUACGACGCCAGCGGUAGGAUUAGAAAGGGACCGGCCCCGCUGAACCUCGAAGUACCACCCUACGAGUUCGUCGAAGGCAACGUGCUCGUUGUUGGUUAAUGACUAUUUGCGAUAUCUGUAGUCAAGUAAUAAAAUAAUUUAUGUAUGAUAAGAUGCUCCGUGGGCACACCUGCGCAACACCUUGUUAGCAACGCAAAGAAAUUGGAGAAAUGUGUGGUUUUGUAUAUUUCUUGAAACUUUAUUGGAGAGCCUUCAUUCGAACAUCCGCUGAUACAUCCGCUGUGUCGGAUUUAGAAUAAAUGUUAAGUGAAAAUA